UGAUGUUGCGCGACGGGAAAUGCUUUGAAUACUCGCGACAUGGCUGCGCGCAUUGAUCGCCAAGAUUGACAGCAGCUCCGGCGCGACUCUUCUUCUUCUUGUCCUGUGCGUGCGCGCGAGGGGAGGGAGAUAAAGAGCAGAUAGUAGACGGAACAACAAAAGGCACUUGUAGUUUUGGACAACUGAACUUCACAGACAGAGCGAGAGAGGGAGAGAGAGGGAGAGAGGACGGAACCCGCUCCUGUUCCCCCGCGCUCACUCAAGUUUUCGCUCAACAGAAAGCUCCGCUUUUUAUUUUUAUUUCCUUUGAAAUCUUAAAGUUUAAAGUCGAGUGUUUAGAGUUUUGAGCGCACGAGGAAGGACGCGCAGCUGUCUUCUCCACGGCCCACAGCUUCCAGGUUAUUUACAUGAGUUCAAAAUCAGCCAGCCAGUGAUCACUGGAAGCUGGGGACCGAGUCUUGCAGUUUUUAACCCCACACGCUGACAUGGAGGGCUUUCUUCGUAGCAGCUUUUUACUGAGCAGAGUCAUGUCUUCGAAGCAAGCUACAUCUCCUUUUGCCUCUGUGGUUGAUGGCGACGAUGCCAUGGGUCAGGAGCACUUGUCUUGGGAAAAGGACGAGAGCGCAGAAGCUCACGGCACACCACAGCUGCCCCUGCACAGUUUGCUCCACGGAAAAGCCCCCGAUGAAAUGCAGCCGCUCAGCAGCGUCCCAGCAGAGAGCGACUGGGAGAGCCUGGUGUCAGCACAGCAGUGCAUGGAGUCUGACAGCAAUAAAGUAUGCUCCCUGUACUCCUUCCGGAACAAUUCAACUUCUCCACACAAGCCUGAGGAGGGGGCUCGGGAGAGGAGCGACCUGCUGAGCGGAUCAGUGUUUGGAACUCCCGAACGUCGCAAAGGAAGCCUGGCAGAUGUGGUGGACUCGCUGAAGCAGAAGAAGCUCGAGGAGAUGACAAAGACAGAGCAAGAUGAAUCUUCGUGUAUGGAGAAGUUACUUUCUAAAGACUGGAAAGAGAAGAUGGAGAGGCUCAACACCAGCGAGCUGCUGGCAGAAGUCAAAGGUACUCCAGAGGGCCUGGCAGAAAAGGAGCACCAGCUCUCCACGAUGAUCUCGCAGCUGAUCAGCCUGCGAGAGCAGCUUCUGGCUGCUCAUGACGAGCAGAAGAAACUCGCCGCUUCGCAGAUGGAGAAGCAGAGGCAGCAAAUGGAGCUGGCCCGACAACAGCAGGAGCAGAUUGCUAGACAACAACAGCAGCUUCUGCAGCAACAGCACAAAAUCAACCUCCUCCAGCAGCAGAUCCAGCAGGUCCAGGGUCACAUGCCUCCGCUCAUGAUCCCCAUUUUUCCACACGACCAGCGCACUCUAGCAGCAGCAGCAGCCGCGCAGCAAGGCUUUCUUUUCCCCCCAGGGAUGUCUUACAAGCCAGGUGAUAACUACCCGGUGCAGUUCAUUCCAUCCACAAUGGCAGCUGCAGCAGCGUCAGGACUCAGCCCCCUCCAGCUUCAGCAACUCUAUGCCGCUCAGCUUGCCAGCAUGCAGGUGUCUCCGGGAGCCAAGAUGCCUCCACUACCCCAGCCCCUCAAUGCAAGUGGACCCAUUUCUCCCUCUUCUCUGAAGAAUGACAAGAUUUCCUCGAGCCCCAUCACCCAAGUCAAGGAGGAGGGUACACAGCCUCUCAACCUGUCGGCUCGGCCAAAAAUGACAGAAAUAGUCAAAUCUCCUACAUCCCCAACACCAAACCUGUUUCCUGGCAGUAAAAGCAGCCCUAACAGUCUGAUCGGCAAAGGUGGGAUCCCAAGCCCACUUGGCCUCGGUCGGGGCUCGUCUCUCGAUAUUUUGUCCAGCCUAAACUCCACUGCGUUGUUCGGGGACCAGGACACGGUGCUGAAGGCCAUCCAGGAGGCUCGGAAAAUGAGGGAGCAGAUCCAGAGGGAGCAGCUGCAACAUCACCAGCAGGGCAUGGAUGCAAAGCUGUCCGCCCUGAGUUCAGUGGGCCUCAACAACUGCCGAGCUGACAAGGAGAGGAUGCAUUUUGACAACAUUGGACACCAGCUCGGCAAACUGGGAGAGGAAGGAAAGCUCGGCCACAGAGUUAUUGACCUCACCAGGCCCGAGGAUCUAGAUGGAGGUGCUGGAUCCAACGAGGCGCGAGUCUUCAGGGAGACCCGGGGUCGGAACAACAACGAGCCCCACAUUAAAAGACCGAUGAACGCGUUCAUGGUGUGGGCCAAAGACGAGCGGCGCAAGAUCCUCCAGGCCUUCCCUGACAUGCACAACUCCAACAUUAGCAAGAUUUUGGGUUCUAGGUGGAAAUCAAUGUCUAACCAGGACAAGCAGCCGUACUACGAAGAGCAGGCUCGUCUGAGUAAGCUCCAUUUAGAGAAAUACCCAAACUACAAGUACAAGCCGCGACCCAAGAGGACCUGCAUUAUCGACGGCAAAAAGCUCCGUAUUGGAGAGUACAAGCAGAUGAUGCGCUCACGGCGACAAGAAAUGAGGCAGUUCUUCACUGUGGGCCAGCCACCACAGAUUCCCAUCACCACCAGCGCCAGCAUGGUCUAUCCUGGGGCCAUCACCAUGGCGACCACCACACCCUCACCUCAGAUGACGUCAGAGUGCUCGAGCGCGUCAGUGAGUCCCGAGCCGACCAUUCCCGUCAUUCAGAGCACCUACAACAUGAAGCUGGAGCCCAGUAAUCUGGUGAACAACAACGAGCCGGUCAACGGGGAGGAUGACAUGGACAUGUACGAAGACUUCGAGGAUGAGCCCAAAUCAGACUAUAGCAGUGAAAAUGACACACAAGAGCCGGUCAGCACCAACUGAGACCUUUAAACGAAGCAGACAACACACACACAGGAGGACGCCCAGAGGGACGUUCUGCUCUAAAGGAGGCACCAGGAAAAACAAAAGAAACUUUACGGCAAAGGUUUAAAAUGUUCACAAGAAAACGUGAACAUUUCACAUUUUGUAACGUGCAGGAGUCGGCGUGCAGCUCCGGCUUCAUCAGUCCAAAACUAUUUGGUCUUAAAAAUGUCUUUGAGUUUGUGAAGCAUUUUUGUUGUGAUAAUUUAUAAUCGUUUUUUUUACACGUUGCUUAUUUUUCCUUUGAGAUCAUGGACAUUUACACAACCAGUUCAUUGCCUAAAGCAAAACGCAGAACUUGAAGCUAAACAUGAGUUAAACAGUUUUAAUUUAGUUUUGUGCUUUUGCUUCAUGACCUGACUCCGAGACGGAGAUGGCAACAGAGCGUUCUCACUCAGGUAACGUGCGCCGGCCAACAGCUCGUGAAUGUUUUUAAUCAUGACGGGAAAAAGAUCGUUACAAAAUAUUUCAAAAUUAAUUCA